AUGGAUCAAUCGGCUCAGAACAAUAAGUACUCAUAUCUAUCUAUCUAUCUAUCUAUCUAUCUAUCUAUCUAUCUAUCUCAGUCUAUUCAUUUCUUUCUUUCUUUCUCAGCUUGUUCAUUAUCUAUCUAUCUAUCUAUCUAUCUAUCUAUCUAUCUAUCUAUCUAUUUCAGUCUGCUCAUUUUCUAUCUAUCUAUCUAUCUAUCUAUCUAUCUAUCUAUCUAUCUAUCUAUCUAUCUAUCUAUCUAUCUCAGUCUAUUCAUUUCUUUCUUUCUUUCUCAGCUUGUUCAUUAUCUAUCUAUUUCAGUCUGCUCAUUUUCUAUCUAUCUAUCUAUCUAUCUAUCUAUCUAUCUAUCUAUCUAUCUAUCUAUCUCAGUCUAUUCAUUUCUUUCUUUCUUUCUUUCUUUCUUUCUUUCUUUCUUUCUUUCUUUCUUUCCCAACUUGUUCAUUAUCUAUCUAUCUAUCUAUCUAUCUAUCUAUCUAUCUAUCUAUCUAUUUCAGUCUGCUCAUUAG